AUGUCUUCCCAAAUGACAGUCGAGGAGUUGCGGGCUCAGCGCCUGAGAGCCGUAGAGGCUAGAAUGACUCAUCUACGCACUAUCAUUCAAAGUCAAAGACGUGCCGUUAGAACGGCCAGUCUACAAGUUGACGGUGACGUUGAGAUGACUGAAAUCUCCAAAAUCGAACAGGGUCCUGACAGUAUCCAUCAAGAUCAGAUUCAUGACAUCCCCGAUGUUGACAUGGUUGACGUUUUCAGUAUGGAUCAGGUCGAUGGUCUUCUCGACAUUGAGAUGACUGACGCACCCACCAGGGAAGAAAGUCACAUAUCCCCACUCGAAUCGACAAACUCAGAAACGACAACCUCAGAAACGACAACCUUUGAUGACAUCAAAGACUUUUUGCCAACUUCGUUUCCGAUGGCCUAG